AUGGCGGAAAAACAACUUGUGGUGACUGAUACUACAUCUCAUCCAGGCAUCACUAUCCUCGCGAUCAAUCGACCGGAGAAAAAAAAUGCAGUAGACUCUUGGACUGCGAAGUGUCUCUACGACGCUAUUCUUGGGUUUGAAGCUAAUGCCACGCAGAUGGUAUGUAUCUUGACUGGCGCGGGUGGUACCUUUUGUGCUGGAGCAGACCUACAUCAAGUGGCAGAGAAGCAUGACGAUGUCCCUGGUGAUAAAUUGCAACCCGUCGACGGACGCAACCUAGGUCCCAUGGGCCCCUCUCGCCUGAUUGUCCAGAAGCCGGUCAUUUGUGCAAUUGCAGGUCAUGCCGUAGCAGGCGGGCUAGAGCUCAGUCUGUUGGCUGAUCUCCGCAUCGUCGAGGAAGAUGCGGUCUUUGGGGUGUUCUGCCGGCGUUGGGGAGUGCCUUUAAUCGAUGGAGGAACAGUCAGACUCCAAGCCAUUGUUGGUCUCGGUCGUGCAAUGGAUAUGAUCCUGACUGGCCGGUCAGUCAGCGCUCAGGAGGCACUUACCAUGGGUCUUGCAAAUCGUGUGGUUCCAAAAGGAGAGUCGCUGAAUCAAUCGUUGACGAUUGCACGGCAGCUCAUUGCUUUCCCAGCUUUGUGUCUCAACACCGAUCGUCGAUCCUGCUACUACAGCGCAUAUGAGGCCAAUUCUUUUAAUGAAGCUCUAUCUUAUGAAUUUACCGAGGGGCGCAAGGUCCUUGCUAAAGAAGCAAUUCAAGGUGCCGCCAAAUUUAGCAAAGGAGCUGGGAGACAUGGAAUCUUUGACGAAUUCAGUAAGCUGUGA